UGAUGGAUGGGAGCCAUGGCGAAAGAGUCGGGGAGACCACGGAGGUGGUGGAAGGGGCUAGAAAAGCUCGCUUGUUCACCUGACGUGAUAAUUCACUGGCUUCGGAGGGGCGGAUGGAUUUAUGGGGAUCCCACUGGUCUGGGCUGGACGAUCUUAAGAGCCGAACAGGGAUUCCUGCCCGAAGACCUGGUGAUCCGGAUGCCAGAUUGGAGAUCGGUCACCACUCCCUGCAGCCAAAGAGAAGCCAGAAGCAUGGCAGGGAAGCCCCUCAAGAGGCCCUCCAGGCCCGGGGUGAGCGUGCGGCAGCUGGUGGACGACAUCCCCCAGGGCUGCAGUGUGCCCGACUUUGAGCAGAAGCCUGUCACCUUGGCGCUGCAGGAGGGGAAAAAUGCCAUCUUCCGAGCUGUGGUCUCUGGGGACCCCCGACCCGAGGUGCGCUGGCAGUGCUCCAAAGGCGACCUCAGCAAUUCCAGCAAGUACCAGAUCUCGUCCAGCCCAGGCGGCAAGGAGCACGUACUGCAGAUCAACAAGCUGACAGGUGAGGACAUGGACGUGUACUGCUGCACAGCAGUGAAUGCCUACGGGGAGGCCACGUGCGUGGCGAGGCUCACGGUCAUUGAAGUUGGCUUUCGGAAGAAUCGCAAGAGGCAGGAGCCCCAAGAGGACCUCAAGAAGGAGCUAAUGGACUUCCGGAAGAUGCUGAAGAGGGCUCCGUCUCCCGUCCCUGAGAAGAAGGUAGACCAGGAGCAGGUGUGGCAGCUGCUGAUGAACGCGGACCGGAAGGACUAUGAGCAGAUCUGCCUGAAGUACGGCAUCGUGGACUUCCGCGGGAUGCUGCGUCGGCUGCAGCAGAUGCGCAAGCAGCGCGAAGAGAAGCUGGCGCCGUAUGUCAAUGCCAUCGCCAACCUGAGACACAUCAGGGUCAACAAGCAAGGAAUCGCAACGUUUGACCUGGAGCUGGAUCUCAAGAGUCCUGAGAGCAAGAUCUACCUGUACAAGGAUGCCAAGAUGAUUCCGUAUGGCUUCGACAAUCAGACCAAGCACUGCCUGCGGCACCUGGGGAAGCACUAUCAGUUCCAGAUCCACGACCUGCGGCCUGAGGACGCCGGCAUUUACCAAAUCCGGAUAGAGGAUGUUGAGGUCUUCUCCACGGAACUAGAGACCAGCGCCAUCCCCCCCCGGGUAGUGGUCCCGCUGGCUGAUGUCCACUGCCAGGAGCACGGCGAAGCCGUCUUUGAGUGCACACUCUCCAGCCCCUGCCCCAGUGCCUCCUGGACUUUCCAGCACCGGCCACUCCAGCUCAGUGACAAAUACGAGGUGUUCGUGUCCACGGAUGGGCUGACCCACCGGCUGGUGGUGAGAGGGGCCCGCUUCGCAGACAUGGGCAUCUACUCCCUGGGCACCAAGCUGCAUGCCUCCAGCGCCUGGCUGGUGGUGGAAGCUGGGAAAGAUAAGAGCCUCCCAACCACAAGUGCUGACCACCAGCUGCAGGCUCAAGGAGCCCAGAGCCCAGAAGAUUCCAGGAGUGUCCGUGGCAAGGGGGGGAGACUCGGAGAGCAAGGUCCCACAGGGAGCUCCCUCCAGGGUUCCGGACUGGCUUCUGGGCUCACAGCCGGCCCCGACAGGGGUGGCCAGGGUGGGCAGGGCUACUCCUUGAGGGGGGAUGAGGAGGCAGCUGACUCAGCCUGGGGCCCUGGGCAGGCGAGAAAGGGCUUUCUGGGAGAAGAGGGAGGCAGAGUCCUUGCUCUUGGGGAAAACGAGCUCCUUGGAGAGGGAGGCAGGGAUGGGCGCCUUCCACGGGGGGCCCACCUGCAGGGAGGGGGCCUAGAGGCAGACCUGGGCUUCAUGGAGGCUCAAGAGCAAGGUCCGAGCGGAGCCAGUGAAGGGGGCAGAUCCUCUGGGCCAGCACGAGGCUGGGAGGCUGGGUCCAGGCAUCCUCAGGCUGGCGGGCUGGGCGGCCACGGGGAAGGGAAGGGGCGCGGAGAGGACAGUGAGGGUUGGCUGACCAGGGGCGCUCAGCUGGGACCGGGGACAGGAAAGGCUGGGUCUGCAGGGUCUUGGGCAGAAGGGGACGGGAUGGAGACUUCACAGGGGGCAAGCCUGGGUGAGAUGGAGGGAGGGGCUGCUCUGAGCGGGAAACGGGCUGGAGGAGCGUUGAGGGCCAUGUGGGGCAGUGGGACUGGCCCGGGGGAAGCUGGAGGCAGCCGUGGGCUGGGGGGUCCUGGGGCCCUGGAGUCUCCAGGAGGAAUGGGGUCUGGCUUUAAGGUGGGCAGGGACCCUGAGUCCUGGGGCUCUCAGAGAGGUGGUGAUGCUGACUAUGGGGAUGCAGGGGGCUCCUGGGGGUCAGGGGCGUCUCUAGGACAGACAUCUGCUGGCAAGGACUUCCAGGAACCACCGGUAUCUGGUGGCAGAAAAUUCCUGAGUCCUGAGGGCCGAGCUGGGGAUUCUCUGCAGAGGGCAGAGGAUGGAGGCCCAGAGGGGUCUGUGCAUGGGAGAGGGGGCUACAAAACUAGCUCUGGAGCCCCCGGAGGCCCUGGGGGCUGGGGAAGGGGCCUGCAGGGGCUCGGGGGAAAGGAGGGCCCUGAGAUGGCGGGGGCCUGGGAUAGGGCAGGGGAUGGCUCCCGAAGCCCCCCAUAUUCCCACGAUGGGACAGCGGGUCAGAGGGGGGCAGGGGAGGCUGGCAGAGUGGGGUCUGGGGGUACAGGCCCUCACGAUGACACGUGGUCCAGCCUCAGCCAAGCCAGGGCCCACGCUGGCCCUGGAGUGCUGGGGUCUGGUGCAGGGAAAGUGGGUGUGGGUGCUGCCCAGGCAGGGCUGAUGGGGGCUGGUCAGGGCGUGGAUGCCAGAAGCCAUGGGCCAACUGGGUCUUCAGGCCCUGGAGGGACCCUGGGGGACACGGAUGGAUUCAGAGGUGCAGGGGCCGUGGGGUCUGAGCCAGGUUUUGGGACCGGGUCAUGGGGCCCCAGAGGAAAAGGGGAGAUGGGCCAGGAGGUGGGCGUGGGAGGUCCGGGGGCGCUGGGGUCUAGGUCUGGCGAUGGCUUUGGGUAUUCCAAGGGAGCUGGCCCCGAAUUCGGAGCCGGCUAUAGGGAUGGUUCAGGGGGGCUGGGAGCUGUGGGGUCUGAUCAUGCUGGUGGUCGAGCCACCUCUGGGGUACCCCAGGGUGCAGAAUCUGAGGAAGGCGGCAGUUUGGGGCCUGGCUCAGAGGCAUCUGGGGGGCCGUGGUCUGGAAAGGAAGCUGGUUACGGGUCUAUCCGAAGGGGAUCAGGGAGACUCGCUGGUCUCGAGAGCAGCUCUGGCAGCACUGGCGGAGGGCCGAUGGGUGAGGCUGGGAUGUGUGCAGAGGCUGGGGUUGCAUCCAGACGCUGGGGGGAUUCGGACCCUGCUCUUGGUCCAGGGCGUCCAGGGACAGCGGGGUCUGUGGGGAAAGGUGGCCUUGGGGCCUCUGCUGCAGCAGAGACUCCUGCGGGGGGACAUGCAGGAGUGGGACCAGGGGGUUCUGGGAGAAUAAAGCCCUGGGGUCAGACUGGAGAUGCUGAGGACUUGGGAGCCCUGGGGACUCUGGCGGCCUCUGGAGAAGGAGGCCGUGUGGUUGGCGCUGGGGGUCCAGGGUCUCUGAGGGCAGCGGGCAAAGGCAGGGAUGGGACUGGAGCCAGGGGCCUUGGCCCUGGGGCCUCUGGAGCUGGAACCAGUUAUGGGGAUGCCACCUGGCGCCCUGAGGGAUUAGCUCCUUCUGCUGGGGCAGCCUCUGAGGGUUGGGGAGUUGACGGGUCUGCUAAAGUGCUGGGUUCUGGGGGUGGGUCAGGAGUUCCAGGGUCUCAGCCAGUCGGAGGCAAAUGGGCUUAUGGAGAAGGGUCCAGGGGCCUUGGGCCAGAGGGGGUGGAGCCAAGCUGGGAGGCAGGCUUUAGAGAUGGUGCAGGGGCCUUUGGAGGAAAGGGAUCAGGAGCCACAGCUGGUUACAGGGAUGGCUCAGGGGGUCCUGGAGGAGUGGGGUCAGGGGCUAAGGCUGGUUAUAGGGAUGGCUCAGGGGGUCCUGGAGGAGUGGGGUCAGGGGCUAAGGCUGGUUAUAGGGAUGGCUCAGGGGGUCCUGGGGGAAUGGGGUCAGGGGGUGAGGCUGGUUACAGGGAUGGCUCAGGGGGUCCUGGAGGAGUGGGGUCAGGGGCUGAGGCUGGUUACAGGGAUGGCUUAGGGGGUCCUGGGGGAAUGGGGUCAGGGGGUGAGGCUGGUUACAGGGAUGGCUUAGGGGGUUCUGGGGGAAUGGGGUCAGGGGCUGAGGCUGGAUACAAGGAUGGUUUAGGGGGUUCUGGGGAUGUGGGGUUAGGGGGUAAGGCUGGAUACAGGGAUGGCUUAGGGGGUCCUGGAGGAGCUGGUUCAGGCGCUGAGGCAGGUCCCCGGGAUGGUCUGAGGGGUACCAGAGGAAUGGAGUCCGGGAGUAUGGUGGGUUAUCGGGGAGACUCAGGAUCUGGGGAGAUGGGGCCAGGGGCUGAGAGGGGCUACAGAGACAGUUCGGGGAGAUUUGGAGGAGCAGGCUCAGUGGCCGGCGUGGGAGAUGGGGGUGGGCCCAGAAGCCAGGAAGCCACGGGGCAUGGGUCAGGGUACUGGGCAGCAUCAGAGGGGCCUUACGGUGGCACAAGCCUCAAGGAUGGUGGGGAGACAGGCAGGGGAACAGGGCUGGGGGAAGGGGCAGGUGCUGGCCUGGGCUCUGGGAUUGUGGGAACACCAGGCACCACGGACGGCCCCCCGCACAGGGACGGGCCCUGGGGCCCCGGGGUGCCAGGUGUUCAUGGAAGGCCACAGAUGCUUGCAGAACAACAGGGCUCCAAGAGUGGUUUGGGGGUCUCUGGCUCCUCAGGGACCCCUGAAGGCAAGUCAGGCAGCAAAGGGCAGCAGGACAGCUCUGGUCUCCCAGGGUACAGAGGGGCUCCCGGUGGGGAGGGGGUAUCUGUAGGCCAUGCGGGGGGCCUGGGAGCCUCUGGGUUUCCUGGUAGUCGGGGGGCAGGCCCAGCUGCUCUGGAAUCCGGAUGUGACCCAGGCUUCUGGGAAGCAGGCCCAGGGGCAGCAGACAGGGGUCUGGCAGCUGGCCAGAAGGGGUUGGCCCCCCAGGGAGGAGGGAGGAUGGGAGCAGGUUUUGGGGGCUCGGCAGGUGCAGGCCAGGGUCUAGACGGCAGCCGGAUGCUUGGGGAAAGGGGCAAACCAUCGCUGGGGUCCGCUGGUGGGCAUGGGGAAAGUCAGGCUUGGGGCCCAGGCUGGGAAGACCAGGGGUCUGGCAGUGGCAGUAUAGGCUCAGGGGACUGGCCCCCAGGUUCCAGGGCUUCAAGCUCCCUGCAGGGUGAUGAUGCCACUUAUGGGGGGAUCCGUGAAGGGCCAGAGGGCUCCUGGGGCUGGGAGGGGGCUCCAGGCGGAAAAGAGGCUAGUGGUGGGCAGAGUGCUGGCUUCCUGGAUGGCAGAGCCUCGGGCCUUGGAAGGAGCCAGGCUAGUGGCCCAGGGGACUCAGGUGUUCCUGGUAAAGGCGCUUUUGGGAGGGCGAGUGGCUCCACCUCAAAGCCUGGGGACUCAGGACGUCAAGGAGCCUGGGAUGGCCCAGGCGGUCCUUCUCGCAGGAAGGACUCUGGAGAUGGAGCAGGAUCAGGGGGCACCGGGGGGCCUGGCGCUCAGCCGGGCAGAGGAUGGAGCGGAGGCAGGGGCUCCCUGGGGGAGCAGGCGUCCCUGGAGGCUGAGGGUGAUGGGGCCCCAGGUCCAGAUGCCCUGUGGGAGUCCGAGGGUGGGGCAGUGGAAGAGUCGGGCGGGUCCGAGAGGAGGCUGGGCCCGUACAGGAGCAGAACUCAAACGUGGUCGAGGGUGGAGGGUGGAGCAGCAAAGAGAGGGGGAGCUGAUGAGGCCAGAGGCCCGGGGCCCCCGGGAGCAGAGGACAGGGAUGCCCCAGGGGAGCUGCCAAGCCAUCCAGAGGGCAGGAGAGACGGCAGGGAGGGCGAGUCAGACAUCCUCAGUCAGAGAGACGCUGCCCGGAGUCCGAGAUCCAGACACAAGCCUGGAGCUGGUGGCUUCUCCAGGGAGGCUGGAGGCUCCUUCGGCCACUUCUCCCAAGGCCUGGCUGACACGGAGGUGCAGCACGGAGAGACCGCCGUGCUCUCCUGCACCCUCACCCGCGACCUGGGACCUGGAGCCUGGUUUAAAGAUGGAGUCAAGCUCAGUGCCCGAGAUGGAGUGGUCUUCGAGCAGGACGGGCUGGCGCACAGGCUCCUCAUUGCCCACGCAGAGGGGACCCAGGCUGGCAAGUACAGCUUCGUGGCCGGGGACCAGAAAAGCGAGGCCACGCUGACCGUCCAUGACCCCCCUGUCAUCGCUCCAGACGUGGCCGAGAAACUCAAGGAGCCGCUGGUGGUCAAGGCCGGGAAGCCAGUGGCCAUGAAAGUCCCCUUCCAGAGCCGCCUCCCGGUCCAGGCCACCUGGAAGAAGGAUGGGGCCGAAGUGGCGACUGGCGGCAGCAAGGGGGCCCAAGUGGCCGUGGGGGACAGCUUCACGCGGCUGUGUCUCCCCAGCGCCAGCAGGAAGGACUGUGGCCAGUACAGUGUGACGCUGAGGAGCAAGGGCGGCUCCGUGAAGGCUCAGCUCACCCUGCAAGUCCUAGACAAGCCCCAGCCCCCGGAGGGCCCCCUGGAGGUGCAGGACUGCCACGGCGCUGGCGUCUGCCUCCGCUGGCGGCCCCCGAAGGACGAUGGGGGCCGGGCCCUGGACCACUACAUGGUGGAGAGGCAGCAGGCCGGCCGGAGCACCUGGUUGAAGGUUGGCGAGCCCCCCCCGGACAGCACCGCCUUCACGGACCCCCACACGGAGCGGGGCAAGAAGUACACCUUCCGCGUGCGGGCCGUGACCGCCGAGGGGCCUGGGGAGGCCCUGGAGUCCAAGGAGGUGCUGGUGGCUCCUGACGCUCUGCCCGGGCCCCCUUCUUCCCCAACCAUCCUGUCAGCCUCCAGCCAGAGCAUCACACUGUCAUGGACCGCACCUCGGGGCCCGGGCAGUGCCCACAUCCUGGGCUACCUGAUCGAGAAGCGUAAGAAAGGAAGCCACACUUGGGCGGCCGUGAACCAGCAGCCAGUGUCCGAGAAGACAUGGACAGUGGCGGACCUGCGGCAGGGCGCUCAGUAUGAGUUCCGCGUCACGGCCGUGGCUCCUGCUGGCCUCGGAGAACCUGGGCCCCCGUCGGAUGCUGUCUUUGCCAGGGACCCCAUGAGUAAAACCCCCGGGCCCGUGAGGGACCUCCGAGUCACAGACACGUCACACACGAGCAUCACCCUGAGCUGGGCCCGACCAGAUACCCAGGAUGGGGACGAAGCCCAGGGCUACGUGGUGGAGCUGUGCAGCUCGGACAGCGUCCACUGGACCCCGUGCCACACGGGCACCGUGUCUGGCACCACCUUCACCGCUAAGGGGUUGCGGCCCCGGGAGGGCUACUUCGUGCGGGUGACAGCAGUGAACGACGGUGGCCACGGCCAGCCCGCCACCCUGGACACAGUUGUGCAAGCCAUGCCCGUCACUGUCCGUCCCAGGUUCCUCCUGGAUGCCAGUAUGAAGGACCCACUGAUGGUCAGAGCUGGGGACACAGUUCGCGUGCCUGUCCACUUUGAGGCUGCCCCCAUGCCGGAGGUGACCUGGCUGAAGGACGGCUUACCCUUGCCUGCCAGAAGUGUGACCUCCGCUAAAGACGGCCUCACCCAGCUGCUGGUCCCUGCAGCCAGCCUCGCGGACAGCGGCCUCUACACCGUGGUGCUGCGGAGCCUGCAGGGGGAGGAGGCCACCUACAGCUUCCGCCUCAGGGUGGCAGCGUGCCCACGGGCCCCGGGGCCCAUUGUCCUGAAGGAAGUCACUCCAGGCUCUGUGACAGCUGAGUGGGCACCAUCCCCAGACGAGGCCGAGGCGGGGGCCACCCCGCUGCACUACACGGUGCUGACACGCUCCUCGACCUGUGCAACCUGGCGCCCCGCAGCCGAGCGCCUGCACAAUUGCCGCUUCACCCUGGUGGGCGUCCUCCCAGGCUGCGAGUACCACUUCCGCGUGGUGGCCAAGAACGAGCUGGGCACCAGCGAGCCCUCAGACACACGCCACCCCUGGGUCGUCCCAAAGGAGCAGCCAGACAGGGGCAGGGUGAAGCACCCGCGCUUCCGGGAGCCAGACCUGAGCCAGAAGCCACGCUUCCUGGUGGGGCUACGGACCCACCUGCUGCCCCUGGGCUGCGAAUGCUGCAUGACCUGCGCUGUGCAGGGCUGGCCCCGGCCCCACGUCACCUGGUUCAAGAACGACCAGAGCCUGGCAGGGAACCCUGCUGUGUACAGCACCGACGUGCUGGGCGUGUGCUCCCUGGUCAUCCCCAGCGUCUCCGCCAAGGACAGCGGCCAGUACAAGGCCGUGGCCGAGAACACGCUGGGCCAGGCGGUCAGCAAGGCCACCCUCAUCGUUGUAGAAUCUGACUCCUAGCCUCGCCUCACCCCGGAAAGGCCCUGCCCAGCCCCACGACUGCUGGAGGACACCAGGUCCCCUCAAGCUUCACUCCUGACACCGUGCGGCUGGGGAGCCAGUCCCAAAGGACAGAGGGUGCAGCAGUGCCAGAGCCCCGGGCACUUUGGGGAGACAAAGGAGGACUGUCCCUGAACGGGGUGACAGCGAACCUCCUACUCCCGAGCUCAGAGGGUGCGGGUCUGUCUGCAGGAUGGAGGCCACGUCCUUGUGGCCAGAGGGCAGAAUGAGCUGGAACUCUGUGACCUCAGUGAGGGCAGGGGGCUCAGAGGAUCUGGGUCAGAGCUGGGCAUGGCGGGCAUGUGUGUGUGUGUUUGUAGGGGUGGGGGAUGCUUUCUGUGCUUCUUUUCAAUAAAGCAUUGGCUGGUGUGAGCA